AUAGCAACAACAAGAUCUUAUAACUUAAGUCUUCUCUUUCUUAGAGAAAAUCAAAACUUCUUGAGAGAAAUGGAUAACUUGAAUGUUUUUGCAAAUGAAGACAAUCAAGUGGAUGGUGUGAAGCCGCCCCCACCCCCACCGCGAGUGUGUCCAAGGUGUGAUUCUGAUAACACUAAGUUUUGCUAUUACAACAACUACAGUGAGUCUCAACCGCGCUACUUCUGCAAGAAUUGUCGUAGAUAUUGGACUCAUGGUGGGGCUUUAAGGAACAUACCAAUCGGUGGAAGUUGCCGUAAACCUAAGCGUCCGAAGGUAGAUCAAUCUUUGGUUUCUCAAUUGGUUUCCGUUGAGAACAGAAGAGUUGAUCAUCAACCUUUCAAACAGACUCAUGAAAACAACGAGUUUGUUCGAUCUUUCGGUGCUUCAUCUUCUUCUGUUGCUGCUGCUGUUGGUAACCAUUUCGGUUAUCUGAGUGAAUUUCAUGGUGUGACAAAUUUGCUUCCAGUUCGAAGUUUUCGAAUGGAUUGCUUAGAUUUUGGUGAUGAUUCUUUUCAACAAGAUUAUCACGAUGUUGGAUCCAAUGAUUUGAUUGGGAACCCUUUGAUAAACCAAUCCAUUGGUGGAUAUGUUGAUAAUCUUAAAAGUUAUCGCAUAAAUCAAGUGGAUCAACACAAGUGGAACCAAAGCUUCAACAACACUAUGAACAUGAAUCAUAAAGCCAACGCUAGUGGAAGCAGAUGAUCUUCAUGCACGGAGAUUAAAAAGAUCAUAAACAUGUUUGUUUAGGUCUUCUUAAGAUUUGGAAAAGCAUGGUCCUUUAAUUAAUUUUAACCGUAUUA